CUGAUCAGUAUAUUCUACUGCGGUCUGUCACAGAACAAAGAAGUCAACUCCAAAUAUUAAUUGGUGAAUAACCACGGAUGGAAUAUUUAUUGUUCCUGACCGUCCGGUGCCUGAGAACAAAGGCAGCAACAAUGUAAAUACGCAACGUCAUUCGACGACUGGACAGUUGGCAUCAUUUAAUUCAAUCUCAACAGUAUACAUUUAGUGGUUAUAUAACCAUCUAUACUACCAUAACACACAAAACACACCACCAACCAACCAACCAACCAACCGAUCAAUCCUCCCACCAAAACAACCUCAAAAAAUCCAAAUACCAGAAAUAAAAAGAAUGUCCCCCUCCCUCCGCCGCCUGAUGAAAGAAGCCGCCGAACUAUCAACCUCCCCAUCCCCCCACUUCCACGCCGCCCCCGUUUCCGACUCCAACCUCUACGACUGGCACUUCACAAUCGCCGGCCCCCCUUCACCCUCCCCAUAUGCCUCGGGAAUCUACCACGGCCGCAUCGUCCUCCCGCCCACUUACCCGCUCCGACCCCCCAGCUUCCGGUUCCUGACGCCCUCGGGCCGCUUCGAGGUCAAUCGCGAAAUAUGCCUUAGUAUCUCGGGACAUCAUGAGGAGACGUGGCAGCCGGCGUGGGGUAUUAGGACUUCGUUGACGGCUAUUCGGAGCUUUAUGGAUGGGGAUGCGAAGGGGCAGGUUGGGGGGUUGGAUGUCGGGGAGGAGGUGAGGAGGGAGUAUGCGGGACGGAGCAGGGAUUGGUGUUGUGAGGUUUGUGGGAGAAGUAAUGGAGUUAUUUUUGAUGAGUGGAAGGGGUAUUGUAGGGAGCGGGGGGUGGAGGUUGGGGAGAUGGGGGAUGAGAGGGUUGUUUCUGGUGCUCGUGAUGACGAUGGUGCCAAGGGUGGCGAAGGCGUGGAUUGUGAGGUGUCGGGUGGGACUGAGAAUACCGGUGAUGCGGUUGUAUCUACGGGCGUAUUGGCCGAGACGGUCCCGGAGCCAGAGGGGGUGGUGAGGACUGUGCCUCCUCCUGUGCCUACUCUUGUGACUGCGGCGGCACCGGUAUCAGGGUCGGAUGCGCGACCUAUGGCUGCGGCGGCACCGCAUGAACAUGUUGCUUCGCAGCAGUCUGAGGAUCUGUGGCUGGAUCGGGCUAUUGUGGGUGUGUUGAUCGCGUUGGUGUUUAUGAUCCUAAGGAGGAUGGCAUACUCGGAGGAGUAGGUUGGAUUUGAGAUAUUGCGGGCCUUGGGUGUUUGUCUAUUGUAGCGUUUGGCGUUUGUAUGGGAAUAUUGGGAAUUUAAGAGCGAUUUUGCAGUACAGGGUACCUGUCUCACUUGAUAUUGGCUACAUUUUUCAAUUUAGCGCGUCCUAUGAGAUGGAACAGACGAUUCUUGAAUACCAAAGGCAUUUUAUCUACAUUCACAAGGCAUCGAAUGAAAGUCGUGCGAUUAACUCGUCUCAUCAUAGUCUCGCUCACUUGAGCCUUCCAGCACCACGAGAAGCGUAUAGCAGUUGGACCGUCUCCACCCAUCUCCGCUCUUAGGGUGACUCAACAACGUGCUAAAAGAGCGUGCUUGCAGCAAGGGAGACGAGCAUAAUGCAGGUUUUUGGUCCACUUUCCUCCGGAGCGUCCAUCGCACUAUUCUCAGCACUGUUAUCUGAUCGGAUAAGUGCCGAGUCAACCGUGAAUAGUUGCCGUUUCCAACGGCCAGAUCAUGAUUAGCC